AUGCGGGUCAUAUCAUUCCUUCUCUGUCUUCUCUGCGCUCCCUUAAUCCACGCUCACUUCGUUCUUCAAGACCCUCCUAACAUCGGUUUCGAUGAUGACAAGGAGAACCAGGCCCCCUGCGGGAGUUUUGACGCUUCCAAACGAACUGUCGUCACUAAAUACCCCGUUGAUGGCGGCACCCUGAGCAUGCUAACCACCGACGAAGCAAUGGACAUUACCAUCAAUAUUGCUCCCGCGAACGGCUCCAUGAAGUUUAGAACUUUGAUGAAAUUGCAAAUUAAGGGAACCGGCUCGUUCUGUCUUCCUUCUAUGCCUGUCGCUGAGUCUCUGUCUGGAACCGAUGCAUUGAUGCAAGUAGUUGCCAAAAGCUCGGAUGGUACUUUGUAUCAGUGUGCUGCGGUCAAGUUCGUACCUGGAACUACGUCCAAGGUUUCCGCAGACUGCAGGAAUUCGACGGGGUUAACGGUCACGAUGAUUAGCGAUGAUACGAUGCUGGGCGCAAAAGAAAAUGCCACUCAUUCGCAUUGA